AUGGGACUUACCAAGCAGUAUCUGCGAUAUACACACGACGGCACCUGUAAUGUAGUAGCAUCCAGUAGUGGGACUGUUGCAGCCAUCACCGAUAAUAUCUGCGCUGUAUCGGCAUGCGAAAAUGUCCACUUUUAUAAUAUGAAAAUAGGUGAAAAAGUUGAUGAGAUUAAAGGGUCGGAUAAGUGCAUUUCAACUGUUAAAUUCAGUGAGAAUCGACGGUUCUUUGCCAUUGGAUAUGUGGAUGGAACAGUGCGCUUGUACGAUCGAAAAAGCAGCGAUCGGUCGAUGUAUGUCACAUUUGUUGGACAUAGAACAGGUGUUAACUGUAUUGCAUUUAGUAAGGACGGUCUGACUUUGGCAACAGGUGGAAAGGAUUCAGCAGUGGUAAUUUGGGAUAUUGUAAAUGAAUCUGGUUUAUUCCGUUUAAACGGACAUAAAAAUUCUGUGACACAUUUACAGUUUACAUUAAAUGGACGAUUUCUUAUUAGCAGCUCGAAAGAUACCUAUGUGAAGUUCUGGAGUUUAGAUUCGAAAAGUUGUUUCUUCACCAUAACAGAUUGCCAUUCUGAGGUUUAUACGUUUUCAUUGCUCAAAAACGACAGUUUCUUACUGGUUGGAUCCGCAGAAUUGGAAUUACGAGUCUUUGAUCUUCACUGGUUCGAAAAAGAGGAGCUAGAUGAUCAAGAUGAUAACUCGACAAAGAAAUUGAAAACUGGUGAAAACUCUGUUGGAUUUAGUGAGGAUACGCAAGCGAAUACCAUUGUACGUUGUGUGAAAAAGGGACAAAUUUUGAGACGCUCUCGAGGACGCACUCUUCAGCUUGCUGUUAGCCGGGAUGAAAAACUUAUUGCAUGUGUGGGCUCGUUACAUUGCAUUGACAUUUUCCGGAUCUAUAAUGAUGAUGAAUCACAAAAACGCCUAAUGAAGAAGCUUCGGAAAGCUCGGAAAAAGUUAGCUGGAAGGUUAUUAAUUGGAAGUUGUAGUGGUGGCGCGGAAGCGAUUUCGGAAACAGAUAUUGCAAAAGAUGUCAGCAUUUUAAUCUCACGGAUAGGCGAAUACAAACCAAGUGGGAAAGUGAAAUGGGUUGAUUUUAGUUCAGCUGUGAAACGAUGUGGAGGUGAAAUACGCCAAUAUCAAUUAUAUGUGCUUUACGCAAUGAAUACAGUGCUGUCUGAAGCGGUCUUUGUCGAUUUCAACUCAAAUGAAGUACAAUUUGCUGAUUUGGCUGACUUGAAUCGGUUAGGUCAUCGCACGGAUGUUCGAUGUCUUGCAGUUGCAGAAAGUGGAUUCGGCUUUGUAUCAGGAAGCACAGAAUCUGCUGUCGUAUGGAACUUGCAUAGCCUUAAGAUUUCGCACACACUAGUGGAUGAGCAAAUGAUCGAUAUCACCGCGUCACUGUUUGUCACAGGCGAUAAGCAUGUUGUUUUAGCGACAAAAGAAGGCAAUAUAUUUCUGUUUGAAUUAGCAACGAAUGAAAUGCUUGAAAUGGUUAAAAAAGCUCACACUGGAGCUAUUUGGCAGCUUGUUUCAACACCUGAUAAGAAAGGAUUCAUCUCCUGCGGUAAUGACAAGACGGUUCGAUAUUGGAAUUACGAAUUAGUGAGUGAAGGGACAAGAAAGCGCUUAUCAGUGAGGUCUUGUCGGAUAUUGGAAGUACCAGAUGAAGCGCUGUGCGUUUCUGCUAGUAAUGAUUCACGUUUUCUUGCUGUGGGACUUCUGGACAAUACGGCUUGUAUUCAUUUUGUGGACACACUCAAAUUUUUUGUUUCACUUUAUGGACAUGCACUUCCUGUUACAGCUAUCCAUAUUUCUCAUAAUAAUAAGUUGGUUGCUACGGGAUCAGCCGAUAAAAGCAUCAAGAUAUGGGGAAUAGAUUUUGGAGAUUGUCACAAGUCCUUUCAUGCGCACGAUGACAUUGUGACUUGCGUUUUAUUUUCACCCGAAGAACAUUUGUUGUGGUCUGCCGGUAAAGAUGGUUUAAUUAAGCAAUGGGAUGCGGUGAAGUUUGAAAGGAUUCAAGUGUUAGAUUUACAUUCGGCCGAAAUUCGAGCUCUUGCACAAACCACUGAUGGAAAAUGUCUCAUUUCCUCCUCGCAUGAUAAAUCAAUCCGAUUGUGGAAGUUGACGGAAGAAAUCAUUGUUCUUCAAGAAGAAGAAGCAGUGGAGCGAGAAAGGGAAUAUGAAAAGCGCCUUAUUCAGUUGAACGAUGUUGUACCUGGGGAAGAAAAGAUUAAUGAAGCCGAAAUAGCAGUCCGAAAAAGUAUCUCAAGCAUUAAAUCGGCUGAAGAUAUUAUCGAUGCGCUAAACGUUAUGCGAAAUGAGAGGAUAGCUAUGUUGGAUGAUCCAAAGCAUGAAAAGCACCCAUUGUUGCUCUAUUUUCAAAGCUCAUCGCUCGACCACUUUAUACUUGAUGUGAUUCAACGAGUACCGUCAAGUCAUUUGGAAAAAAGCUUAUUAAUGGUCCCAUUCGGUUUCGUUCCGGAUAUUAUCAGGGCACUGGGUGUUUGUAUUGGAAAGCAUUAUAAAGCAGAGUUGGCAUCACGUGUGCUAAUUUUCAUUGUAAAAAUUCAUCAUAAUCACCUCAUAACACAGACUGAUUUGAUAACUUUGUUCGAUGAUUUAUGUCGGAAGAUUCCGCAGGGGUUGGAUGAUUUACGGGAUAUUUGUGGUUUCAACCUGGCAGCUUUGAGACUUUUUCAAAAAGAAAUAGAAGAACAAAUGGAAGUGAAACUCUUUGCUGAUUUUUCAGAAUUAGGGAGGAAGACAAAAAGGAAAUCAAGAAAGACUCUUAUGAAAGUUUUUACUUAA